AUUCAAACUUCAUUUACAAAAGGCGAGAACACAGACGACACUUAACAGAAAAAGAACGUGUAUGUACUGAAUAGGGGAGGUAUUUCAAACAAGGGUCCAGCGAUUGAACAACUUCAAUAGAGUUUUGCUCACCAAAAUAUUGCUUUUGUGUUCCAAUUUGUAAUGCAUAAUAUUUUUGGUAUGAUAAUCGAAAUUGGUCCUUGCGAGAGGUUUGCCAUUUUCCGAUGAUGAAUCGAGUACCGUUGGUGGAUGAAGUGUUUGGUGCAAGAUGACUAUUUUUUGUCAACAAUGUUUAGCCGACGUAGGCCUAUAUAGUUUGAUCACUGACCACUUAAUACUUUGGAAGGAAUAUUCAUAAUGGUUGCUUUUGAGUUGCGGCCAAGCUUAAUCUUAUCUAAUUGAUGUUAGUGGUGGAAGCUCUUCAAGAUAGCUUGCAGAUUGUAAAAACUCAAGAUGGCGCUCUUUCAUAUCAUCAAGUCACUAAAGCCAAGAUGACCUGACUAAGAUGGUACCCCGUCAGAGCAAGACCAUGAAGACAAACAAAUUUACCAUCCACGUUAUGGCGUACUUUUUUUCGCUGAUGUUCAUGUGAAUUUUUUAGCGUGCUCUAUAUUGAACGCCAACUGGAAAAUCAAAACACGAUCGAUGUUACAGACCUUACGGGGAAUUGCCGACUUUGAUUCUCCAAAGGGUACGGAAAGAUCAUCCAAAUGAUCAGCAAAUUCGCUAAUCUACCCCGUCAGCACGUUAGUCAGCACUAUCACAUCCACCCUAGACACCCACCCCACACCCACAAUCAACACUACCACAACCGCCAUCAGUACCACCACAGCAACCACUCCAACCACUUCCGCGACAUGAAUCUGCCACCAAGCAACGUCGACGGCCCAAAGGCUCUCAAUAACAACAACGGCAGUAACAACGUCAGCAACAGCGGUGGAAACAGCAGCAAUGACGUUGAACUCAUGAUGGAGUUGCCGCCGGCGUCGCCAAUUUCACAAUCCAGUCACGUCAGUCACGCAACCAUCCAUCGGUCAGUCAGUCAAACGAACAACGGCGUCAACGGCAUUAACAGUGUUGCAAGCGUCAUUCAGGGACGUUCCUCGCGUCUUGCCAGCGCUACGGACGACCUCACAACCAUGCAUAAACCACAUAGCCUCAGCCUUUCCCGUGCAACACUCACAAGUAAGGAAUUCGGUGUGGAGAAGUCUCUUACCGCCAUGGGAAUCCUAGCUCUUAUUGCCGUCAUCAUCACCUCUCUCUCCAUCGUCUUACUAAUUCAGUUUAACUCGAUGCAAAGCCAGUUAUUGACUGAUGGUGCUGUAGAAGGAGUCACCGGUACCAGGUGGUAUUCAGACAUUUUAGACUCAGGUGUGGUUCUUAUUAGCUUUUGUCUCAUGCUGAACUUAUGUUGUGUGGUCGUCUGUACAGGACAGAGCUAUUUUACGGCGAAAAUGUUGAAGCUACCUCAAGGUGAAGAAAGAUCCUGUGACUUUCUAAAGAAUACCUCCGGAACACGGUUCUUGGCUGUGUGCUCCUUCUUUGUUUCCAUACCCAUCUUCCUCGUCGCUCUAAUGCUUUAUAUUCUCCUUGAGUUCCGAACAAUACCCGCCACCGUGUCUAGCGCUCUCAUCGGAUUAGCCAUCCUGUUCAUGGUCUUCAGUUUUGGGCACAAUGUACAUCUGUGGCAACGUGAGCAGUCUUUGAUCAACAAGCGACACGCACCACCACCGGGUGUGUUUGCCGAUUUGAAUGGAGGCCCUUUUCACAACAACCAACGCCAGCAGUAUUCAAAUAAAAACAACCAUCACACGGACCAUGAUGGACACCGAUUCGCUUAUUCAAAUCAAGUGACAGAUAGCGGCGAUACCGCUAUCGAUCCAUUGAGUGUCAGUAAUUUAUCGACGCUCGUCUGACGGUGACUAACCAAACCAAGCCCAAGACUAACUUCCACAACUUCAUCUUCCAAAUAUUUCCUAAAUAGAGUUAUACCAAGAGAUUAAAUUAUAUUUUUCGUAGCUGAAUACCUUGAUGAAUAUAUGUUCGUAAAUAUGGACAACCUCCCCGACAACCGCAUUUAGUGUUGUUUUUAAAGAUCCUAAUGUAACUCCACUCGAGGAUUGGAUAUUAACAUAUUAACUAUGUUUGGAAUACUUGAACAGAAAGCAGCUAAAAGUCUGUGACAACAGAUUUCUCGAUAAGUUUACCGAUAAAAAUGUAAGCACUAAUAAUCUCUUUGCUAUUGAGUUUGAUAAGGAAAAUGGAAAAGGGAAGGCAUUGCAUGAUAGUUCUGUUAGAAAAUCAUAUUGAAGAUGGAAAAGUUAUCCAUAAUCAUUUUUAUUGAUAUGAAAAGGAAAUCAUUUUAUCUGCAUUGAGCUCAAAUUUAUUGCACCUUUCUUUCGUCAUCAUUAUUGUUGCUUCUUUAUUUGAUCAUAUCCAAACACUUUUUAUCCAAUCUGUUUAGCGUUAUAUGGUAAAUAUUGCAUUACGAUAAAGCUUUGAAAAAUACACCUAUUUAUUCAAUUAGUGCUCGUAUGAAUGCAACAAAGGUUUGUGCGAAAAUUAUAAACGUUUCAUAAAACCUCACUUCUUUACCACUGCGGAGUCCGAUCCUUUAUGCCGAUUGGUUCCAAAUUAUUGUGACGUUACGCGAUUUUGGAUGGUCACAUGAUACUGACCACACCCACCACUGGCUGCGGUCUAUACAAUCAAAGUAUUUCUUGGCUUGGUUUGGUAGAGUCCACGUUUCUUGUAGAUAGUAUAAGUAUUCUGUUCAUACAUUUGAUGUAGUUAACCAAGGCCUCUGCAACACAAAGGCUUGCGAUCAAAUGCAGAUUUGAAACAACAAUUUUGAUUGGUAUACUGAAUAAUCUUUUGAAGGGUGCGCAUGCAACGUUGAUCUUUAUUUGACAUGCAUUGCAAGUUUGCGAAUGAUCGCUGCUUUCAUGUUGCGGAGCUCAGGGCCCCUGCCUUACACAUACUUGCGAUUGAUAUUCAAAUCAUUCUCAAAUUUUGAUUGAUAUAAAUUCGUAUAGAUAAGGAAUAUCAAUUUUAGAUCAAUCGCCAUUUGAAUUUGAUUCAAAUCAAUCGUUACUCUUUGUAUAAGACAGGAGUCUUGUCCACGUUCUGAAAGGGUGUGAUUAAUUCAAACCAUGGGAAGCCAGAAACACCAUAAUUCAUCAAAUAUUCCGUUUUGGGGCGUUUCAUGAAAGAACUUGUCGGACGAUUUAUUCGACAAGUCCCAUAUUAUCCGACAGUUACCAUAGUAACAGCGCUCCCCAGCCAAUCAAAUUCAGGCAAAGUUGUCAAAUCUGACAACUUGUCGGACAAAAUUGUUGAUGAAACUCUCCCCUGGUCGAAUUUGUCUCGUGAGAGAUACGUUCAAGGGUCAGUACUUUUUACAAAGAAACAUUUUGCCCGUUUUGCGUUACUGGCUUUCUAUCGUUGAGAAUUAUCUGGCUCAUAUUCAAACGAGCCCUAACCGUUUAAUGAAUUUACUGUGGUGUUAUGAAUUCUUAUAAUGGGUGAUUCCAAUGGGCAGUUCCAGAUAAAUACCACAAUCUUCUGUAUUCUCUAUUGAUUCUCUAUUACGGAUCACCGGAUCAUGGACCGAUCACAAGGCAUCCGGCUUCAAAACGUGUAACAUAAGGGCGCCAACAUUUUCAUCAUGAAGUCAUUUUGCGAUUUACAAUUAAUUUGUCUACGUAUAGUGAUAUCGCAAAAAUCAUUUAAAAUGAUUUUUGUGUUUGGUUGUUGAAUGCGUUUGCAUUUGUUAUUCAAAACUAUAUUUUUGCCAUAUACCAGAAUCUCUUAGAAUCACCCGUGUAAUUAUACAAGCGUACUAACCUCACUAACACAUUUACAUCUUAGGCCUAUAGAUUUUGCUCUUGCAGUGAAAAAUAGCCGUACGUAUACAGCAAGUAUCAUUGCUUUGUCUGUAUUCAUAGAGUAAAAGUAUAACGGAAAAAAAAACGCCGACAGAAUCAUGUGUAAUAAUAAUUAUGAUUUUUUUAAUUCGUAAUUUCCAGUAAAAAAUAUGCUCAUGGAAAUGCGUAAAUAUAGUUAGUGAAGUUUUCAUGUUAAUUUAUUGGGAGGUGGUCAAACAUGGUUGUGACUUAUAAGUGUUCCACCGGCCGUGGACGUGCUGCCCGAGACGUGCUGUCACGGAGAGAUAAGUUUUAAUAAAAUAAACAAUGACCACUGACCUGCAAUCAGUACAAUGUAAGCUACACAAAAUGAAUACGGUACAAAAUGACUUGUAGACAAAAAGUAUUCAACACGUUUUAAUCAUAUAAUCAACGAACAUACAACAUAAAUAUGUACAAAGAAACUGCGAUCAACUCACUGUAUUUCCUGCAGGUAAAAACGUGUAGAUGUCUUUGUUUCGUACAAUUGAAGAUAAACAUUUUUAUUAAACUAACACGAUAGAAAGUUGAAAAUAUAAUUGCAGUAUGAAUGAUAUCAUGUAAAACGUGAAGACGGAAUGCGGUUGCUACCCCGCCUGCGGUUUCAAAAUUUUCAAAUGUCAAAUAUGACCACUCGGUUGACGACUCGCUUGGACAUGCAUUGUUCUUAAAGCUUCUAUUUCCAUAGUUACGGUAGAAAAUGGUUUAUUAAAUAAUAAGGGUCUAGAGGAGACAGUGUGAACUUUUCGCUCUGCGAUGUACGUAGAUCUCAAGGACACGGGAAAUAUCUUAAAAAGCCAAUGACAAAGACAGCUUAGAGGUCUUUGUCGAACAUUGGUGAACCGGAACAGCAGUUCGUCCUAAAUUUCUGAGCUGACGAAAAUUUGCAGAUAUGUCGUUUGUCUAGAGUCAAGGACUAAACAGUUGUUUUGAUUACAAAUUUUCGACAAAGACUAAUAGUUGUUCUUUGUCAGAAAGGGCAUUUGACAACAUUUUUUUCUGUUGUCGAAUCCUCCAUAAGUCGCUUUGUGAAAACUUCUUAGUGACGCAAAAAGGUCCCUGUCACUGGUCAGCAUCUAUCAUCCGUACUAUCAUCAUAUUAGUCCUCUUAACCAAUUUCACCGAUAGAUGGCGUUGUUUUAAAGUACAAAUGUACUGCCUUAAUCAUUGUUACAUGCACUCCUCGGUAUAAUGUUGAUCUAUCACUUAAUUUGUUCGAGUAAUUUGGUAUUAAUUAUCAUAAAGGAAAGGGUUCAAUAUGACUAAAAUCAAUCAUUCUACGGCCGUCGUAAAAAGGGCUUCUUUUUUAACAUACAACUAUCUUUUAAACGAAUGAAAUACGUGGUUUUAAACUUUGUUAACCACCUUUAGGAGUAAUUAAUAUAAGUGCACGACAUUAAUUGUGCAAUCCGAAAAAGUGUUUUUCAGAUAUACAACUGUAAGCACUGUAACAUGAUUGUAAUAUCCAGAUCAUAUAACGUCCAGGAAGAACCCCCUUUUGCACUUACAAAACAAUAUUUACAUUCUCACAAUCAAAGGCUUUUACAGAAAGUCAUAAAUAGGAUCUACGAAUACAAAUACUGACAAAGCUGAAAGAGUGAAGAAAUAACUUGUCACAUAUUUACAAAGUCAAUUGUACAGGUAAUGUGAAUUUAUACGAAUUAAAUGCUAACUUAAUAUUUUAA